UUUACAUUUUUUGAGAAAAAACCUAUUAGAGGUUUACAUGCAAAUCUUCAUGCAACAAGACUUGGUGAAUAUGUGACCUGGUGUUUUAACGUGACCUUGAGUUUAACUAGCAUGAUGGGGUGAUCAGAUGUGCUUUAGGUGAACUAUAGUGAGAAAGCCAUUGUUAGGGACUAUCAAUGGUACAGGAAGACUUUGAUCUGGCUUUGGAAACACCCGGCCUUACAAAACGUGAGUUUCUCUGGACGAGGGGAGUAUUUGUCUCUUUGAAAACAGCAAACUGGCUGAAACAGCAGGCUUGUACUACAAUAAACUUUGACCAGCUUCAUGCUGCUGCUGUUUGUUGUGCAUUUCAAAAGGAUGGAUACUCGGGCAGCCUGUGAUGUUCACAGAAAAGGAUUUGCAGGAUGGUGAAUGUUUCUGUGAGUGUGUGUUUGUUCUCAGAGCGCCUCUGAACUUUCCACCACUGGUUGGAUAAGCAUCUUGCCUGAACUGCCUGUGCAGUUAUAUUUGUACAGUUUGUGCCUCUCUGCGUGUGUUGGGGUUGAUGGAGGUUGCAUGGCCUUUUAUUGACACAAUCAACAAGAUCAACAUAAGUUACUGAUUACAGGUGAAUUUAUAUUUUGUGAUAAGACCUGGGCUUCAGCGCAAAGUCCUGCUGGGUACGACCAGCCAUCAGCUGAGAUUCUUCAUUCUGUGCAACGUCUGCCUCUGAGCUGAGUCCGAAGUGGAAUGAUGAGUGUGGAAUCUAAAAAAACCCGUGAGGUUGGUUGCUCCAAGCUCAAGUUGUUCUUGGUCUCCUUGGCAUUUGUGUAUUUUGCUAAAGCUUUCUGUGGAGCCUAUUUGAAAAGCUCCAUUACCCAGAUUGAGAGGCGCUUCGACAUUCCCAGCUCUCUGAUCGGGGUUAUAGAUGGCAGUUUUGAAAUGGGUAACUUGUUGGUCAUCGCCUUUGUGAGCUACUUUGGUGCUAAGCUCCAUCGGCCCAGGCUAAUUGGUAUCGGCUGUUUAAUAAUGGCCAUUGGAUCCUUCCUCAUAGCGAUGCCUCACUUCUUCCAGGGACCGUACAAAUAUGAGACCAGCAUGUCUCAUAACACUCAGGUCAACAGCACUGAGACCAUCCUUCCCUGUUUGGCUAACCACAGCAUGGCAGAUGCAGAUGGGACUCCGAAUGUAGAGGACAGAAAAGCUUGUGAAGAGGCUGCCGGCUCAUCCAUGUGGGUGUAUGUUUUCUUGGGGAAUGUGUUGCGUGGAAUUGGAGAGACUCCCAUCAUGCCUUUGGGAGUGUCCUACCUGGAUGACUUUUCCAAACAGGAGAACACUCCUUUCUAUUUGGCCUGUAUCCACACAGUGGGAAUUUUAGGUCCUAUGGUUGGAUUCAUGAUGGGGUCCUACCUAGCCAAGAUCUACGUGGACAUUGGAUUUGUCAAUUUAGAAAGCAUCACCAUUACCUACAAGGACUCUCGCUGGGUUGGAGCCUGGUGGCUGGGCUUCAUAGUGUCUGGCACAGUGAUUCUGCUAUCAAGUAUCCCCUUCUUUUUCCUUCCCAAGUCCUUGCCCAAACAGGGGGAAGAGGAUAGCAACCACACAAACACAGAGCUGGCUACUGUGACUGAACAGGAGCAUUUCCUGCCAGAUGAAGCUCACGGGGAUGAGAAGGAGAAACUGGUCACGUUCCAGGAGAUGGUUAAAGAUUUCAUCCCCUCCAUAAAGAGACUUUUCAAGAACAGCAUCUAUUCAAUGAUGAUUCUCACCAAUUUGGUUUCAGUCAAUAGCUUCAUUGGCAUGAUCACCUUCAAGCCAAAGUUUAUGGAACAGACUUUUGGCCAGUCAGCAUCCAAGGCCAUUUUUCUCAUUGGCAUCAUGAACCUGCCUGCAGUAGCUCUGGGCAUCAUCACUGGCGGGUUUGUGUUGAAGCGGUUUAAGCUGAGUAUUGUUGGAGCAGCCAGGGUAGCCAUGGCUGCUUCCAUUGGGUCCUUCUGCAUGUUAGGAAUUCAGAACUUCCUCCAUUGUGACAAUGCGGAGGUGGCUGGCCUCACCGUCUCUUAUAAAGGGUAUCCAGAACUUUCCUACAACCAACAGAGCUUGUUGUCAGAGUGCAACAUGGGUUGCUCCUGCUCCUUGAAGCACUGGGAUCCGGUGUGUGCGUACAACGGCAUGACAUAUGCCUCACCGUGCUUGGCUGGUUGCCAGACCUCCUCUGGAACAGGAAGGACAAUGGUGUUCCACAACUGUACCUGCAUCAGUGACUCGGUAAUGAAAGCUACAAACAUGUCAGCUGUGUUGGGUCAGUGUCCUAGGAAAGGUGAAUGUGACAGCAAGUUUAAAAUCUACAUGGCGUUGUCCGUGGUGGGAUCGUUCAUGUCUGCGUGCGGUGGUACACCAGGAUACAUUGUUCUGCUUCGAUCCAUACAACCAGAUCUAAAGUCUUUAGCAUUGGGUAUGCAGACGCUGAUUGUAAGAACAUUAGGUGGCAUCCCUCCCCCGAUAUAUUUUGGAGCACUGAUUGACCUAACAUGUUUGAAGUGGGGCACUAAGCAAUGUGGAGGACGUGGAGCAUGUAGAAUCUAUGAUGCUAAUGCUUUUAGAAUUACAUUCUUGGGGCUGAUUACUGGACUAUACUUCCUAACGAACAUACUGGGGGGAAUCCUCUACGUCAUAAUUGUCAAGAGGCAGAAGAAGUUAUCUUUGAGGAAUCAGGAGAACGAAAAUGGACUGGAGGGAAAUGAGGUGAGCAAUGGACACGCAAGUAUCAACAUAGCCAAAAACAGUGAAGACACAAGCAAGGAGAGCACUAUUUAAAGGAAGGCUACACCUAAUGAAUGUGAAGACGUGCUCUGUGCUCCAUCUAAACUGGACCGAAUGAGGUAAUGGUACAGUGUCACGUUGUUUUGUCUUUAGGCAGUAAACCUCUGUUUUUCAAAAUUACCAGAAAAAAGCCCAAAACAUGUAUUUAUUCUCUAGUGAGGUCAAAGAUCAUGACUACAAAUAUAACAAAUUGCAUGGGCCUGAAGGCCAGUUGAGACAGAUUUUAAACUGCUAUUAAUUGGAGUCAAUGUCACUUGCAAUAAACUGAAAUAAAUUCAGCAUAGAUAAAAGAUAAAUUAAUAAAGAAGCCUGUAAAAUGUGAGUUUAAUGUAAAAAUGAUAAUAGUUUAAUGUCUGUCUCCAAUAUCUUAUUUAUAAGUGAUUUUAGGUAGCUACCUUGGAGCUCACAUCCUUCAGGGCUGAUGACCAGUUAGCCUGAGAGCAGCCACGGCGAAAGGGUACUGCUGCCAUCCUAAAAAAGCUCCAAUCUCUGAAAUGGCAUGACAGUGUGUGUGACAUUAUAUUAAACAUACAUUAUCGGUUUUUCAUUACAAGGUUUUUUUUUUCCCCAUGGAACAUUAUUGGUUAUUUGCAAGCAGAAACAUCCCUACCAACAAGGGAUUUAGCACUUCUGAGUCCUGCAGGAAUCUUUUAAUACAUUUUUACUUCCCAUGAUAACUAUAAAAUCUGCUUUGGAUGUUGGUCAAUCAGGAAUACAAUGACAAGCUGAAAAAUAAGGUAUUUAACCUCCUAAAAUCAACAUUUUUUUGACAGAAUGCAUUCCAUGGUCAUCUUGGUGGGAAUAUUAAAAUUAAUGCUGUCAGACAUUUGGGAAUGUAGAUCUCGUAAAAAAGAAGCUUUCUGCAAUGUGUGAUGGUAAAAUCAGUAAUAAAUCCUAAAUUCCACACAGAAAAGCACUUCUAGAAAGCUUGCUUGUAGAGGAUGUUCAUGUGUGCGGCUGAUUUAAGGAGAUGCAAAUGGAAAAAUUGUGUAUUAAUGCAUUUAUCAUCAUUUUCAUGUGCUGAAAGUUUCCAUGUUGGAUUCUGAGGUUGGAGCUAGUCAGAAACCUAAAGGGUGUUUCAGUUGAUUUAUUUUAUUUGAAACAAAUGGAACACACAACGAUCUCCAUUUGGUUCCAAAGGCCCAACCUCGUCCAAGUACCUCUGCUUAAUCUCAGUUUAUCUCAGAUUGUAUUGAGGAAGGUUAGACAUGUGAACUUUGUUUUUAGCUUGGAAUUAUAAUUUCCCUGUGUCAUCAUGCACAAAUACAUAUUUUACUGUCCCACAAUCCUGGACGAGUCAAAAGACUUAACAUAAUGCUAGUACUAGCUUUGUCUUAGCUUUUUUCAUAUGACUUAGUCAGAAUAAAGUGGCCAGGCAAGCCAUCCUAUAUAUGUUUGAAAAAAGCAAAAGUACUUUGCUUCAUCAAAUGACGUUUUAGAUUCCAGGCUAAGAAUAAGAUAAUUUAGCUGAAAAGUAAAACUUCCUUUUGAUUGUUUUUAAGUAAUUUUUGAAACAAAUGCAUUUAAUUCUUCUAGCUGAGGUUGUAACAUGACAGGUCCCUUUAGUUUCUCAAAAAAUCUAGACAAAAAUAUGUUGCUUUUUUACAAUGUUCCAUGUCAAUUUACCCUAAUCAGUGACACAUAUACUAAUCUCAACAAAUCCAACUGGAGUUCCAUAUGAAAUGAGACCAAAAGUAAUCAAAUAGAGCUCCGGGAGUUGGCGUCACUUCUCCCUGCAUGCAACAGUUCAAAUCGAAAUGGCGCCAUCUUGGCAGGCAGAAGUCCGCAGCUAGGCUAUUUGUUAUUGUCAGAAAACUCAGUCAAACGGGAAAUAUGGUAGAUUCCUGUUGUGCCCCAGGAUGGCAGAACAGACGCAGACAAGAUAAGGGAAGAGCCAUCUACAGGAUUCCCCAAGAUCUGGAACACCGCAAACGUUGGAUCAUUGUAAUAAAACACGCUAGUGAGCGGGCUAAAAUGAAACUGUUGGAUCCUGAGAGUAAAGGUUUUCACUUAUGCAGCGACCGCUUCAUAUCAGGCACUUAAACCAACGUUUCCUCAACUGUGUAUGGUAUUUAUUUUAAAUGCUUUUAUUACGAUUCUUAGUGGGCUUCCUAAACUUAUUUUGGCGUGGCUUUUUCUGUCUUAUUACUCACAGCAACAAGUAAACAUCACGUAAAACGUUGCCUCGUGAUUUCUGCGUGCUGCCGUUUAUAUGUUUUAUGAUCACAGCAAUUAACCGGCUAAGCUGUAUUUAAUUUUGAAGCAAUGGUUGAUCAAUUGUCAGAUCACAAAAAGCACUUUGGAUUGCUAUUUUCUGUCUCACCGAGACAGAUCUCAGACAGAUCCUGAGACGCUCCUGCCUGACAUAUUUAUUUUAUUCACGGAAAAAAUCAGACUAGCGAUUUCUCUUGGAGUUCAGUUUAAACAUUCAAACAGCACAGCACUCUAUUUAAACUAGUUUCAUGUAAAUCUAUGUCAUUUGUCCAUCCAUCCAUUUUCAUCCGCUUAUCCGGAGUCGGGUCGCCGGAACAGCAGCCUAAGCCGAGAGGCCCAGACUUCCCUCUCCCCAGCCACUUGGGUCAGCUCCUCCAGGGAAAUCCCAAGGCGUUCCCUGGCCAGGUCCGCUCCGACAGCUUCUGGCAUUUUAAAAAGUAUCCCAGGGGCAUGGUAAGGGUGGGAGAUGGUUAGUCAAUUUAAUUUCUGACUAUAUAAAAUGAAUUUCUUCGGUUUAAAGUGUGAAGUAAACUCCGACAGAGUAAAAUCCAAGCCAUUCAUUUUGUUUACCUUUGUUGCCUGCCAACAUAGCGUCUACUCUCUGAGAGUCACGUGACGUCCGGAGUUCUAUAGACCUUGUGGUUACAGAAAUAUACGAUUAAAGUGUCGGCAUGUCAUUUUCACCAAAUUUUCUCAAAAAAUGACUUCAUCAUCUCUUUCACUUAAGCCUUAGUAAGUACAGUAGGUUAUCACUUAUACUCCUAUUUUACUACCUCACACUCUAACACACUAUUUUAUGGGCCUAAGCUGGGACAGACAAGGGUCAUUCACCUCCCCACACCCCUGUUACAACUCGUCAGAACAGGUUAUGGAGGAAACCCGACAACACAAAGAAUCCCUUUUAGUACAAGUGGUUCUGUCUAAAGUUACAAAUCAUUCAUAAGGAGUGUAAACUCAGUCAUAGUAAAGUUUGUCUUUCUCAUUGGUGAUAUUUGUCAAAUAGUAAAUUAAACACACACACACACACACAGAGAGAGAGAGAGAGAGAGAGAGAGAGAGAGAGAGAGAGAGAGAGAGAGAGAGAGAGAGAGAGAGAGAGAGAGAGAGAGAGAGAGAGAGAGAGAGAGAGAGAGAGAGAGAGAGAGAGAGAGAGAGAGAGAGAGAGAGAGAGAGAGAGAGAGAGAGAGAGAGAGAGAGAGAGAGAGAGAGAGAGAGAGAGAGAGAGAGAGAGAGAGAGAACAACUAUCACUACCGCUUACAUAUUACUAGUAAUAAAUUAUUUUUUAUGUUAGAAUAAAUGUUGAAAAAAAUGUAUUUCUGUUUGUCAAAGUGUUUUGUUAUUCAUCCUUUCUGCUUUUUGUCUACAGACUCAUUGAUUGUAAAUGUACAUUAAAGACAAACCUUUCUGUAUGCUUUGUUCCUAUAGAGCUUUUAUGCACUUAUUGUUCAUGCUUUAACUAUGUAACUGUAGAACGACAUGCCAUUUUGUAUUUGAUUACCAUGACAAAUCUAAAUGUUCACUUUCCUGUUGUGCUUGUUAUAAUAUUUACAUUUUGGGUUUUAAAAAAUCCAUCAAAGACAAAAGUAUUCUCAACUAGCUCCCUAUCAGAAUCUAAGUUUGUUCUUUGGUCUGAGUUCUUUUUGGUCUUUUAUUCUGACUUAUCCCAAACCUUUCAUGCUACCGUUAAACAACAUCUGAUGACUUUUAAGUCCGUGUCCUCAUCAGUCCCACAGCAAGAUAACAGGACCUGCCGUGUAAAGUGUACCAAAGGUAAUGGAGAAAAAUGUUACACAAUGUUGUGAAAACAAAGUGUAUUCAUGACUAUGUGACCCCCUUUUCUAGCAGCUCCAAGGUAACAAAGAGCAAUAAAAAAACACUAAAAUUACAUGCUAUUAAAAAUGAUUCAAAGACAAAAAACGAUACGAAAUAAAAUACACACAUUUUUA